GACCGUCGGGGGCGGCGCCGCAGGGGCCGCAGGGUUGGACGGGAGCUCCGCUCGGCCGCAGCUUUCUCCCGGACGCCUGGCGUGAGGACACGAUGGCGGGCGUCUCCCGCGGACUGCUCUGGGCCGCCACCUGCCUCGCCGCGCUCUGCGUGUCGGCGGCGCAGCAGAACAGCAGCGUCCCUCCCAACGUCACCGUGCUGCCCACCGCGACCCCCAAGCUGGUCCCGACGACCACGCUCACGCCCACCACGCCGCCAGAAACCUGUGAGAACCACACCAACUGUAUUUCCUGUGUUAAUGCCACCAUUACUAAUACUACCUGCUUUUGGAUAGAAUGCCAAGAAGAAAAUAAGACCUAUUGUUCAAGUAAAGUAGUGACUAAUUGUACCUUGGUGAAAGACACUGACUCCUGUUCUGCAGUGCCUCCCGCCACUCCAGUGCCAACCAAUUCCACAGCUAAACCCACAACUCGGCCUUCUUCUCCUACACCUACUCCCUCAGUUGUCACCUCAGCAGGUGCAACAAAUACCACUCUGACUCCCACCUCACAGCCGGAGCGGAAGUCUACCUUUGAUGCAGCCAGCUUCAUUGGAGGAAUUGUCCUUAUCUUGGGUGUGCAGGCUGUAAUUUUCUUUCUCUAUAAAUUCUGCAAAUCUAAAGAACGAAAUUACCACACUCUGUAAACAGACCCAUUAAAUUAAUGCGGACUGGCAGUUAACUUGAGUAACUCACUGAAACCAAAAUGUUAUCUUUCAAGAAGUCCCACAUGGAAGACGCUGUUCCAGGAUCUUUACAUUUCCAAAGGAUGCAUACAGGAUAUUUUGGAGCAUCAUCCUUGAAGAAAAGCCAGUUAAACCAUUUUGCUCAACAGGAAUAUUUAAAAUAUUCUGCAUGAAUCCGUGUGGCUGUCAUCUUUGUUUAAAAUGGCUGCUGCUGCUGCUGCGGGAUUAUGUUUUUUCCUUUGACAUGCCAAAUGUAACUUUCUGUAAGUUAUGGAAGUGGUAUCCUGUGCAGGCAACCUCUGACUCUGGCAGUUUAGAUGUAGUCAUUUGUAAACCUAAGAUCUGUUAUUCUCAUCCUAACUCGAGAUGUAACUUAGCGGCCAGGAUUAGAAGAGUGCCAAAUGAGCGCCAGUCACGUAGAUUGAAGGCUGUUCCUUCAAAGGAGGUUACAUUUACUUAGUAAAUGUAACUUACUUACUUACUCUAAACUGUCCUUAGAGUAAAAUCUUGUUUGAUAAGUUGUAUUUCAUACAUUAGAAGUGAGAUGCCACACAGGGAAUCCCAUUCCAGAUUUAAAGAAAGGAAAGGAUACGCAGACCAUUAAUGUGUAACAGGUCUUGUUCAUACUCCUAAAGCACCAUAUUACGAAAACAGAACAGUGCCUUAAGACAGACCGAGAUGACGGUAGAACAGAAAAUGUGUUCGCGCUGUGGGAGGCGAAGCUUGGUCUGAGAAUGUAACUGUUGGUGUGAGCAGCAGUAAACCUGCUUUUAGGUAACAUACUGUUAAUGGUUAAUUAAAAACAUUUUUUUUUUCCAGAGCUGAGAAAUAGAAGCUAAAGAAUAAUUUUAAGUUACAAAGCUUCCUUAUAUCAAACCGUCUAACAUUUUCCCUUAGAGCUGUUGAAAGACAUAAAAUUGAUUUGAUUAUCUUUCCCUCUCUAUACAAAGUAUCCAAAUAUCACUAUACUAUAAGGAUUCCUCCCAGGUUUUCCUAAAAAGUAGCUUUUACAUGAGGCAAGAAGGAAGUAGUGUUAGAAUAAUUUUCUAGUUCUUUAAAUGAGACAAUCACUUUGUUUUCGAACAGAUGUGACCUGUGUAUCUUAAAAACAUGAAGAUCUGAAAGAGAUUGCUCUAGAUUUCUAAUGGUUCCCUGGCUGAGUAGGCUGUUAUCUCUUUCCUUGGCUUUUACUCCUUUUCUUCCUCCUUGGUUCCAGUUCCCAUGUGCUCUCAUCAUGCAUACUUUUAUUUCUGUAGCUCCUUGUAAAGUACUCAGUGUUUCGUUUUACAGUUACUGUUCCCUUGCCUCUGACACACUGGACUAGCUCAGAGGCUGUACUUGGGAACAGCCUUUUGGUUUCCUACAUCAUUGAAGUUUUUGUGUUUUAGUUUAUAGUAGCAGAGUUUAGUGCUUGGUUUCCAGGGUUUUAUAGUAGGAAAUAACAGAUUGAUUUGGGUUGUUUCAUAAAGUGAAACUCCUUGUACUCUUAAGAUGAAGUUUCUAUUUCUUUGUCAUUUGCUGGUACAGCUAGAGUUUGUUUUACUUGCACAUUUGUACAUACACCUAAUGUUUUCAAGUGCCUUACUCGUUUAAAAUCUCUGGCUUCAAAGGUUUGGGGAAAGAUAGGUUUACCUCACAGUUUUGUUUCCAUUAUAAUAUUAUAGGUACCUCACAAAAUAUUACAGUGCCGUGGCUGUUAGUUUUAAGUGAGUGCUAAAGUUCUUUUGAAAAUACACAGAAUUUCCAUUCCUUCCUCGAUGUGACUCCUUGCCCCUUAUAAAUGUCAGCACAUGUAGCAAGUUUGUGGGAAUGUAACUUAAUUUGAAGCUCCUGUAAUUUUGAGCACUGUUCUAACAUCGCAGGAAGGUCGUGACAUUUUGCAAGUCUCUACAUAAGCUCUUGCCACAGAAUUCACAGCUACCCUGACUCCUUCCCAUCUUUGUUUAGCAAGGUAGAAUUUUGAGCCAUUAAUGAUUUUUGGGUUUUUUAAUCCAGAAGGUCUACAGAAACCUUUUCAGAGUUUUCAUCUGAUUUGUCCUUAAGGUCUAGUUCUAGCAGACACCUGAUUUUCCUUUCCUUACUUGCUGCACAAGCAGACACUGCUGUACUUAGAAAUUUUAUUUGAGUUCAUUAAAAACUACAAAACUAAUCUGUAUGUGUUCCAAACUGAUUUAAAAUAAAUAUGUUUAUUGAA